AUGACAGGUGCACACAGACCUACAUUUGAUCAUGCCAUGGGGAAGGAGAAGAAAAUUUCUUCCUCCAUUACUCACAAAAGAGCACUUCCUUCUCACUCCAAGCUAAAAUUUCGUAAUAAGAAACAGAAAAGAUACUCUGAAUUCGAAGAGUCUGACACUGAUCACAAACUCGAACACGAAAAUGAUUCCAAAACAAAAGAGUUAAUUAUAAAGAUACCAGAUAGUUUGAGUGAACAUAAUGGAAGGCGUAUUGUUAGCCCAGACAGCAUGGAUGACAAUAGUCGAAAAAGUGAUACAAUAGUACUCCAUAGCGGACUAGACAAACAAGAAGGUAAUGAGGAAGAAAUUGCAGAAGAAAGUGUGGAAGAAAGUGAAGACGAAAGUGAUGAUGAAGAAGAAUUACUUCGUGAAAUGUCUCUUAUUAAAAAAGAAAGAGAGCAAGCCCUACUCCGGAAGAAGCAGGAAGACGUUGAAAGCAAAGCCUUAGUGUCUAAUCCCUUAUUAAGGCUCAAAAGCGAAGAAGCUGAACAACCUCAGAGAAAAUCUUGGAGGGUAGCUAAACCAAUGGCUAAAUCAACUAAAGUUUCUCAAGUUGAUAGGUACACUAACGAUACACUCAAAAGCGAUUACCACAAAGAAUUCCUUGAUAAAUACGUUAAAAAUUAA